GCUCUGAGCCCCGUGGGCAACUACGCGCUCGUGAAGAUCACGGAGGGGAAGGACGCGACGAAGGGCGGCGUGCUGCUCCCGGACCAGGCCAAGGAGAAGCCGAGCGAGGGCUCCGUCGUCGCCGCGGGCCCGGGCCGGAGCCACCCGGACACGGGGACGCUCAUCGCGAUGCCCGUCGCCGAGGGCGAGAGCGUGCUCUACGGCAAGUUCGACGGCACGCCCGUCAAGUACUGCGGCGAGGACCACAUGCUCAUCCGCGACGACGACGUGCUC